AUGCUACAGUUCAAAUUGGUGCUACUGGGGGACUCGUCCGUUGGAAAAUCGUCUAUAGUACAUAGAUUUGUAAAGGACUCUUUCGAUGAGUUCAGAGAAAGCACAAUCGGAGCGGCUUUUCUGUCGCAAACUGUCAAGCUCGGGAAACAUGAUGAUGUUACUAUCAAGUUCGAAAUUUGGGAUACUGCAGGUCAGGAAAGGUACAAGUCCUUGGCUCCCAUGUACUACAGAAACGCCAACGCAGCACUUAUAGUAUACGAUGUGACCCAGCCGGGUUCUCUCCUCAAAGCUCAAAGCUGGGUAGAGGAACUCAAACACAAGGUGGGAGACCAGGAUCUGGUGAUCUGUUUGGUGGGUAACAAGCUCGAUUUGUGCGCGGAGGAUCCCAAUGCCCGUCAGGUGGAUAUUGACGACGCUCAGGCAUAUGCUCAAGAAAAGCACUUGCUGUUUCAUGAGGUAAGUGCGAAGACAGGUGUGGGUGUGGCACAGAUCUUUCAAGAAAUGGGCGAAAAAGUCUACGAACAAAAAACGGCGGAAUCCGCUGCAGCAGCUGCUUCUCGCCCACGUAAGGCAGUUAAUGUUGAGCUGCAGAGACCAUCCACCAACGAUUCCACCACCUGCUGUGCUUAA